UUUUUUUGUUUUUGGCUUCCCCAUCUUUCUCCCUUACACAACAACAAUAACCUUUAUAAAAUAUCAACGCGUUUUUUUUUAACCAAUGGAGAGACAAAAUAAUCUAGGUCUUUUUACUCGUAGAAGAGCAGCUGCUGCUUCAGAUGCAACCAAACACAUACAGACCACAACAACCGCUUUCAGACCUGCCGAGUUGGGAAUCAAACCAACCAAAGUAGAGAAACCUAAACCUGUAAAAAGACAAAGUGGCCGUAUUGCUAAGCAUAUGCGACAAACCGUAUUGAGAUUAAAUGUUGAUGCAAAAGAAGACACACAGAAACCCGAUGCAAAAGAAGAUUGCAAAGACGAUACACCACUGCACUCAAAAGAAGAUACACAGCUGCACACGAAAGAAGAUACACAGAAGCGCAGAGGAAAAGUCUUUCCUAUAAGUAACGUCACCAAGAAGCAAAAGAGAGAGACAGUCAAGCAAAUAACUUUGAAGGAUUGUGCAGCCAAAAUUAGCUCACCUGUAUCAGUCCCGUCCGAAUCAGAAAGCAAGGAGGAAUCCUCGACAGAAGAAGCUUCCCCAGUAGAAGCCCUAUCUGUUGAGGAAGAAACGCCGAUUGAAGAUGAAUCCCCAGUUGAAAAAGAAUUCCCAACCGAAGUGGAAUCCCCAGUCGAAGUGGAAUCCCCAGUCGAAGAGGAAUCGCCAGUGCAUGUUGAAUUACAAACUGAAGAGGGAUCGCCCACUGAACUCGAAUCUCAAAUCGAUGAGUCAUCAGUACAAGUCGAAUUACCAGCUGUAGAGAAAUCCUCAACAGUGCAAGUGGAAUCGUCAUCAGUGCAAUUGGAAUCGUCAUUAGUGCAAGUGGAAUCCUCAUCAGUGCAAAGGGAAAUAGAAAACUCUGAGGAAUUACCUGCUCCAUUCGAGUUUUCUUUUGAAGUUGCAGGAGAGUUACCAUUGGAGACCAAGUCAUCGCUUACAGAAAGACAAUGCACGAGACAAGAGAGCUUCUAUGACACCCCUUCACCCCCUUCUCUGCUGACCGAACCCAGUACGCCUCCCGUGCAUCAGGAAUAUGUUGCACCUUACAAAACUCAUAUGACUGCCUCCGACCGAGCACGUAUCGAAGCUGAAAAGACGUUGUUGGAGAAACUUCGUAAAGCCCUUGAUAUCGUCAUCACCGAUCGUAUGGCUCGUAGUAAACCUACUUUAUACCAUCAAGUCGAACCCGUCUUGAGAAACUCGACUCGUAAAGAUGUGACACUUUCACAUGUGUCUAAAAUGCUUUAUUUGGCUCCCUCUCUAUAUGCCUUGGAAGCAAAAGAGUUGAGAGAUUUUGGUGGGAAAGUGACAGAGGCAUUUGCCAUUGAGUUUGGAAAGGAGUGGGCGUGUCCCUUGAUAGGUAAAGAUUUGCAGAGACGAGCGGAUAUCAUGAAGGAUAGUUUAGAUAGAUAUUUUGAUACUCAUAAAGAGCCUGAUGCUACUGUACCCGAGGUGAAGUUACCAAGAUUGGCUCUUGUGGUGGAUAAGGAUGAUUGGAUCAAUAAUGCACAUCUUCCUGCUGGUGUCAAGGCCUUAUUGGACUCUCACAAGAAGAUCAGUGAGGCUGAAGAAGAAAGCAAGAAACCCAAGCCUAAGCCUGUCGGUAGUGUCAAGGAUCGUAUGGCUGCCCUUCGUGCACGUCUCGCUAAGAAGAAUGCUUAAAUAUAUGUAAAUAUAUAAAGAAAUGAAAAAUGCAUAUACACACACAUAACAUCUAUUUCAUCGAAAUAAAGAAUAAACAC